AAGAAGAAGUUGAAGUUGAAGAAGAUGGCGCCGACUUGGACCGACGCACUCGAAGAGCAGCUGAUCAGCAUGAUCGAGGAGAGGCCGCCGCUUUACAACAUAUCGGAAAAGAGCUAUUCGAAUCGAGUAGUGAGGGCAGACUGCUGGCGCCAAAUCACAGAGCAAUUAAAUGUAUCAGAGAAGGAGGUGAAGAAGAAGUGGGAGUCCUUGCGGACCCAGUUUGGCCGCUAUCGCAAGCCCUCUCCUUCGGGAAGUUCUAGGACCAAGCGGACUGCCAGGCAGCGGUGGAUACUGCGGAAGUUGCAGUUUCUGCAGCCACACACGAAAACGAAAGAAAGUGCAUCUGACCUCACUCACACGGAACCCCUGGCCUCUUCUGACGCCAGUUCCGGUGAUGAUGCCGCCGCUGAUGCCUCGGUGAUGGACAACAACACGGACAGGACGCCGCGCGACCCGGCGGGCUUCGAGUCUUUCAGCUCCGGCACGUCAGCCGAGAGCACGCGAAGGCCUCGCGCGAAACGCAGGAGGAAGUCUCCGAACGAUCCGCUGACGACGACGACGGCAGACCUGAUCCGCUCCAUGGAGGCGGUGCUCGAGAGGAUGUCUGCUGAGGCCAGACGGGACUUUAUAGCGGUGACGUGCCAGAGCAUAGAACACAAGUUCAGAAUGGUGCCGCCGCACCUCCUGCCACGACUGGAGAACAGAGUUCAGAACCUCAUUUUUAACUUUUUCGAGGAGCACAACCUGGGGAAUCACCCGGACACACACGCAAAUGGGUGUUAGUGGCUCUAUUUGUGGGUUUUUCUUUUCUUUUUAUUUUUUCGAUUUGCAUUUUGUACAUGUAAAAUAUAUAAAUUAUAUUUUGUACAUUUUACUUUUGAUAAGAAGUAAAAAGCCUAUCUCUGGAAAA